UGAUAAGAGGAGGCGGAAGAGCAACAGAGCUAGUUUAAUCCACACGGUUAAGCCAUUGAGAAACAUGUCUGUCAAAUGAGGCCCAGGAACACUCGGCUGGCGUGAGUACAUCAGAGCUAGAGAGGUCUGUGCCUACAGAAAUACAACAUGACCACCGAUAGAAGAUGUUGCCCGGGAACGUGUGCAAGCGGUAAAUUUGUGUUGGACGCCAGAGCCAAGUAACAGCCGUGGUCAAAUGUUCUCUCCUCCCUGUUCAAUUUCUUAAUGUGCCAGGAGUUUUCAAAUAAUAUUGAUGAAAAAGUUGAAUAUUUGAGCUACACGAUUCGGUGGUUCUCUUUAAUUCAUUUUCGUUAGUUAGCCAUUUGUUGGCUCAGAGUUCAAGAAUGUCCAUUUUCGUUAAAUUAUUCGUUCCACAGGAGAUCUUUCUAAAAAUUAACACUGGGUUUUUUUACGUUUUCGAUGCCAUGUCGUCACAAUGUGUUGGUUUUCGGUUAUCUCAACUAGGCAAUUCAAAAAACACAUGUUGAAAUUGUUUAUACCAGUUCGUGGAAUUUUUAUUUUUUUUAUUUUUUUUACUUUAACUUUAAACUCCUGGGAUUAUUUUAUAGAAAUUGGACUAAAAAUUAAAUUGUAGCAGACUUCUGUAAAGGGUUUAAAUACCAUUGAGAAUGAAUAAUUGAUUGAUCAUUCUGGUUAUUAUAUUGUCAUUGAGGUAAGAUACAGGUAAAAUUCUCUUGAAAAUUAUAACUAUGGUAAUAGUUAUAUUAUUUUUUUUUAAAUUUAAUUUUAGUGCAUACAAAUGUUGCACUUUUCGAAGCAAUGAUUCAAAGAUUUUGCAAAGAUUUUGCAAAGAUUUUGUAUUUUGUUCCCUUUUUCACCUUUGCUAACCCGUUAGAAUUCGAAGUGGCGUCACAGUGACGUGUCAAGUUUACAAACAAACUUUUAAUUUUUGCCAAGCAAUAUCAUUGGUAUUUUGCUCGUUCUCGUUUUUGUUUUCUUUUCCUUGGCCAAUGGGAAUUUAAGAAGAUCAACUCCUGAACAUGAUAGAACUAUUCACGUGAAGCUGGUUAGUGAGAUUAGAAGUUACACGAGUCAAAUGAUUGACACAACCCCAGCAUGAGUCACGUGACACUGUGACCUAACAGAGUGUCAACUUAGGUCUUCGGUUCCAGUCUUGGUCCUCUGUCUGGAUCUUGUCCCUUUAUGACUUGUUCAACACGUUCUAUUUCUUACCCUUUUCCCUUUCCCCCACAUUUUGUUUUUAAAGAAAUAGAUUUCAACUGAUAAGUUGUCCAUGCGAAGCGAGUCGAAAGAUGGUUGUGGUCAUAUGUGGUGGGUAUGUGGACGUAGACGGAAUCACGAGACGGUUGGUCGUCAUGUGUGGCAGGUAGGUGGGCGUAGACAGAAUGGAGAGAUGGUUGGUCGUCAUGUGUGACAGGUAGGUGGACGUAGACAGAAUGGAAAGAUGGUUGGUCGUCAUGUGUGGCAGGUAGGUGGACGUAGACAUAAUGGAGAGAUGGUUGGUCGUCAUAUGUGGCAGGUAGGUGGACGUAGAAAGAAUGGAGAGAUGGUUGGUCGUCAUAUGUGGCAGGUAGGUGGACGUAGACAGAAUGGAGAGAUGGUUGGUCGUCAUAUAUGACAGGUAGGUGGACGUAGACAGAAUCAAGAGAUUGUUGGGCGUCAUAUGUGACAGGUAGGUAAACGUAGACAGAAUCAAGAGAUGGUCGUCUUACAUGGUGGGUAGGUAAACGUAGACAGAGUCGAGAGAUGGUUGAUCGUCUUUUGUGCCAGGUAGGUGGACGUAGACAGAAUCGAGAUAUGGUUGGUUGUCAUAUGUGGCGGGUAGACUACAUCAUGAAAACAUAAAAAGUCAGUAUCUGUAUUUAAAAGACAUCUCACUCGGUCAAAGCUUUCCUUCAAUUUGUGUGCAUUACUGAAACUUACGUCUGGAACUGCCCUUGAAAAUAUCACUAGAUUUACUUUGAAAUGUCUUUACUUUCAGAUGACCGCCAUUGUUUAGCCCAGCCGAAGCUGAAAGUCUUUAUCUUGCUGGUAACGUUUGGAUUUAGCGUCGUUCUGCUUGAGAGGUACGUGACGCCUGACAGGCCGUAUCUGCUUUCCGUCUUCGAGCAGCGCAACGACACAGACAACGGAUGGCUUGUCUCGCUGCUCACGCGGAACACGAAGGCUGCUGUCGUAGACGGAGACGACCCGGCGUGCGUGUACCCGGAAGUUGACCCCUUCCACCCUAACAUCAUGCGUCUCGCGGGGCUGGACAAGAAGCCGUUCGAUUGUGACGGUUACCUGCCCGACCUGACCUACGUCGACGGGGACAAACUGAUCAUUGAUGGUAAAAAAGUCAAGGCCGUGGCUAAUUUUACAUUCUGCAAAUACCGCGAGAUUUUCAAGAUCCCGGCCAAGGAUAAGACCGCCAAGCUAGGAAGCUGGAGUGACACGUUUAAGGCAAGUACAAAGCUGCCUGACAGGGCGGAAUUUUUGCUGGCCGUGUGCGAGAACAAAGCUUCGGAGAUAGUGUCGAGGACGUACCACGCCCUGACUCCGCAACGUGACGACCUUAAAGAGCUGGAGCUGCUCAGACUGAACAAGCGCCAGAAAGAGGCCGGCCCAAAAGAAACGUUGAACGUGGUUAUGGUUGGAAUGGACGGCACCUCCAGGCAUCAGUUCAUCAGGGCGAUGAACCGGACGUACGCGUUCCUAAUGGAGGGAAACACUUCCUUCGACCUGUCCAUGUACACGCAGGUGGGUAUCAACACGUUCCCCAAUUAUCUGCCCUUGUUGUCUGGAUACAACGAUGACGAGGUCCACGCCUGGUGGUCAUCGUCCAAACAUCUGGACCCCCUCGAUUUGAUCUGGAAAGAUUUCUCCCAGGCCGGCUACCGUACCUUGUACACGGAGGACGAGCCAUCCAUUGGCGGGUUCCACUUCGCCAAGAAAGGUUUCAUGUUCUCGCCGACGGAUCACUACAGCCAUCCCAUCAGUGUCGCCAUGGAGGAGGACAAAGAUCUGUGGCGCGAGGGCGACCACUGCGCCGGGGGGCAGCCGGAGAUUAACUUCCACUUCAACUACAUGACCAGGUUUAUGGACGCCUUCGCCGAUAAGCCCGUCUACGCCAUGUCGUUCUUCACAAAGCUGACCCACGGGGAGCAGACGAACAACAGGCGGGCGGAUGACCUCACGUAUCGUUUUUACAAAGCGUUGCAGGACAAGGGACACUUGAACAGGACGUUGCUGAUCACGUUUUCCGAUCACGGUCCGCGGUGGGGCUCCAUCAGGCCGACCUUAAACGGUAUGGUGGAGAGCCGUGCCCCGUAUGCCAUUCUGACUUUUCCCCGGUGGUUUCUAGACAAGUACCCGGACGUUGCCGAGAACUUACGGACUAACACGAGGCGUCUAACCACUCACUACGACACGCACGCGACUCUCCAAGACUUAAUUUAUUUUAAAGCCAAAGGGACCAUCCCACUUGUUCCCGGCAAACACGGGAUCAGCUUGUUUAAAGAAAUUCCUAAAAGCAGAACCUGCGAGGGUGUCCCCAUACCCCCUGAGUUCUGCCUGUGCGGCCAUCAACAGAUGGAGCCAGUGUCCACCAACUCGAGCAUGGCCCAGGGUCUCGGGGACGUCGUUGUGAGGGCGAUAAACUCCAAACGCACCGAGAAGCUGUGCGUGGCUUUACGUCUGAAGGAAACGCUUCAAGUUUACAGAAUAAAACUCCCGAGGCUCGGCUCCGACGACAAACGAGUGUACAAAGUAAAAAUUCAAACUAUCCCGGGCGAUGCUGUUUACGAAGGAACGAUUCAAACCGACAAAUGCGAAGACAAGGAACUGCUCGGCUACUUCGAAGCGUUGCGUGCCGGUAACACGACGAAUCCGCUGGACGUGACGGUGGGGGACGCCAUUGACAGGUUCACUAUGUACAAGGGACAAGCCGACUGUGAAAAGGAGGCUUCUAAGAAACCCUACUGUUAUUGUAAAGAUCUAAUCAAGUCCUAGGAUAAUAUGUCGAGUCUAGAAAUGUGUCACUAAAUAUAAAGUAUGCAAAGGAGACCAAGAAUAGACAAAACAAAACCAAUUUUGAAUCAGUUUCAAAUAAUUUUGUGGUGUUAGUAAUGUAAGUCGUUCUUAAAAAUGUAACUAUAAUUAAUUUUGCAAAUGAACAGAUUGUCAUGUUUUAAAACUACGUUAUAAAUUGUGUGCUCAUACAUCUAUUAUGUUCUAUGUACACCGUAAUCUGUGUGGCCAGUACACAUACAGACAAAUACGA